AUGGAUAUUGUAUGUGAAAAGUCUUGCUCAUCAUCUUCAUCGUCCACGAAAGCCAAACAAACAUUUUCUUAUAUAUCUUCGACUUCUAUAUCCGUGGAAGAUACUCGAAGGUUUUGGACAGCCAAUUGCAGCAGUCCCUCUCAAAGCAUCAGCAGUCAUUCGAUGUAUGAUAUCAGCAACAGCAAUGACAUUGACAUAUCCUUUGGAAUAACCACAGACGAUAAUAUGACGGAUACUACCACUACUUCUGCUAUACCAGGUGCAUUAAUUUUUCAUCCAUCCUCCACUCACGAACCACCACCAGCACAGCAAAGAAAAAGACAAAGAAAAACAACGGAAGAACGCGCAUGUAAUGCAACGACUACUUUAUUACUAUUGUCCAUCAUUGAAUCCCUUUGUAAAGCCCAUGCUGCUGAUAAUAAAGGGAAUAAUGACGAAGCCGCUAACCAGCAUUUCUUGCUUAUUUGUCAAACCUUGAAGCAACUGGGUGUAUUGAAUGAUGAUGAUAGCAGUCUUAGCAGUAGUAACCAUAGUAGCCGUCAACACUCGCCCAUCUCGCCAUCAGCAACGGAGGGUCAUCCUUUCGAAGGUGAUAAAUAUGCUAAAUUUCGUUCAGCCUCUUUAGAGGCUUUCGAACAGUUAUUUUUCAAUGCAAAAAAAAGGCAGACCUUUUCCAAUAUCAGUAGUGCCAGACAGCAGCAGCAGCAGCAACCGUCGUCUUUCAGCAAAGGAGUAGAACGUAAAUUACUACCUUUCUCACCUUCAUUAGAUACGUAUUCAAUGGAAGCAGCUGAAGCGCACGAUAGCCACAGCCAUAUUUAUUCUUUAUUCAGUCUUACCUUCGAAGGUGUUCGACCUGCCCGCUAUCAUCGUGACUUUGUAGAACUGGAUUUGCUGGGACGUGGUGGAUUUGCGAGUGUGUGGAAAGCAGAACAUAAAUUAGAAAAUAUCCACUAUGCCAUCAAAAAGAUACCUUUGCGGACCUAUUUGAAAGAUGGCUAUGAAAAAAUAUUUCGCGAAGUGAAGCACUUGGCAAGAUUACAACAUACCAACGUAGUGCGCUAUUACACUUCUUGGACAGAAUUUGUCAGUGAUGCUUAUUUAAAGAGAGGGACACAGGACGACGGAGACGACGACGACGACGACGACGACGAGGAUGAUUACGGUUCUGACGGAAUGGAAAAAUCAACACAAAAACAACAUGCUGGCGGUACCUUUGUUCUUUUCAUCCAAAUGGAGCUCUGUAAUACAACUUUGCAGGACUUUUUAAAGCUGAGAAACCAAAAACCGAACGAAUACUUUGAUGAAAAGCAGAAUGUAGACAUUUUUCGACAGAUAUUAGAAGGCAUCGAUUAUAUACAUCAACAAGGCAUCAUGCAUCGAGACUUGAAACCAGGAAAUAUUUUCUUGAUGCCUCCCACAACAACAACGACGAAUGGAACAACAUCUGUCAAGCCGACUGUGAUUCCGAAAAUUGGCGAUUUCGGUUUAUCAGUAGACAUGUAUGCUUCAUCCGCUGUUUCUUCUUCUACUACUACAACGACUGUGACAGAUUGCUGUGCUACGUUAUCCACGCCAGCGAUGAGUGGCAGCAGCACAGAAAGCGUUGUCCUUAAAGAUGUCACGGGUUUGUUUGGUUCUCUGACAGGAAAAAGUGAGGGCUCGACAUCCGAUGGAGAUUCGAGUACAGAUAAUGCAGUCGAUCCACCACAAGGAAUGAUUUUAUCUGAUUUAUCUCGGAUCAAAUCAGGUGCUAGAACGAGUGGAGUAGGAACACGAACAUAUGCUUCUCCAGAACAGUUGGCAACUCGCUGUAGAGUGACUUACAACGAGAAAGUGGAUAUCUACUCGCUUGGCAUCAUUCUUUUUGAGUUAUUCCAGCCCUUCUCAUCUGCUAUGGAACGCGCGCGUUCAAUCGAUCAAUUGAAACAAAAAGGCAUCCUGCCUUCAGCCUUUCAGCGAAAAUAUCCUUAUAUUGGCGACAUGAUUCUUCAUAUGCUACAUCCUGAUCCUCAGCAAAGACCAAGUGCGGUAGAAUUGCUUCAAAAUGACAUUUUCUCUUCUCUUGACUCUAUCAGCAGCGACAGCAGUAGCCAUAGGCAACAUAGAUCGUUGACUUUAUCACAUUCCCUAGUGUCCAGGGAGCAAAAUGAAAGAUUGGGAGGAUUACGCCCAUCCUUACCCGCAUUACCGUCACCUAGAAGCAUCGAGGCAAACGAAAUGGACGGCUACCGUAGUAGCCAUGGUAGCCAUUACAGUACCUCUGCAGCCAGCAGCGCGAGUCAGAUGGAAAGACUUGAAAUGAAAUACAAGGAAGCAAUGAUGGAGAAUGAGCAACUUCAAACGAAAUUAAGACUGAUGGAAAAGCAGCUAUCACAGAUAAACAUGAAAAGUACCCUACCAACGUCCUCUCAAGAUACCAUUACGACCACCUUUUUGGAAAAGGUGCCUUCUGUGACCAAUAGCAACGCUGGAGAUAGCUAUGCUUAUGAUAAACGAGCUGUCUCAAAAAUAUUUUCUAAUUUCAUCUUAUCUUCUCAUCAUUAA